AUGGAGCUUCUGGUAAAUGUCAGAAAAUGGAUAGAAGAAAACAAGGCAGCCUUUUUACCUCCUGUGUGCAAUAAACUUAUGCAUCGACAUCAAUUGAAUGUGAUGUUUGUUGGAGGACCAAAUGAAAGGAAGGAUUAUCAUAUUGAAGAAGGAGAAGAGCUUUUUUACCAAGUGAAAGGAGACAUGUGUUUAAAGAUAAUUGAAAAUGGGAAGCAAAAAGACAUUGUCAUCCGAGAAGGGGAGAUGUUUCUCCUACCUGCUAGGAUACCUCAUUCUCCUCAGAGAUACGCAGACACUGUGGGUCUUGUGAUUGAGAGGGAAAGAUUAAAGACAGAAAUUGAUGGGCUCAGGUACUAUGUUGGAGAAUCAACUAAUGUCCUAUUUGAAAAGUGGUUUCACUGUGAAGAUCUUGGCACUCAACUUACACCAAUAAUUCAAGAGUUUUUCAAUUCAAGGCAGUAUAAAACUGGAAAACCAAAUCCAGACGAACUCCUGAAAGAAACGCCUUUCCCACUGAAUUCCACUUCUGUUAUGGAGCCAUUUUCCUUACACGGCUGGUUGAACGACCAUCGCAGAGAAAUAAAACAGAAGCAAUCCUUGAGUAUCUUUGGAGAUAACUUUGAAACAGAGGUUAUAGCUUAUGGACCAGGAACAACUGAAAAAAGUAAAAGUAAUUCAGAUAUCUGGAUGUGGCAGCUGGAGGGUGCAUCUACAGUUACUAUGGAUGGUAAAACCCUGACUCUAACUGCUGGUGACAGCCUGCUUGUCCGUGCCCAAUCUCUGUACUUCUGGAAAAGAGAAGAAGAAUGUGUUGCUCUUUACAUUGCUCAGGAUCCAAAACGCAAGCAGCCUUAUAGUUAG